GCUAGCUCAAUGAUUUUCUUCUUUACAAUUGACGAUCAGUAGUAUUUGCCGGUUAAUCGUUUAUGAGUAGUAGUUUUGUCAGUUUUGUUAAUACUGUUCGUUAAACGCUCUACACUAACUUCUUACACUUAUUUGAAGCAUUACAUUUUUAUACAAUCGCAAUGACCAACGAACAACCUUUGGUACCACCAGUAAUUUGGGCUCAACGAAACACAGUUGUUUAUAUAACUAUAUGUUUAGAAGAUUGCAAAAACCCAGAUAUUAAUAUAGAACCUGAACAGGUAUAUUUCCGAGGUGUAGGAGGACCCGAAAAAAAAGUUUAUGAAGUUACCAUACCCUUAUUCGCCAAAGUAGAACCUGAAAAUUGUAAAACUAUAGUUGGUGGUCGCUACAUUGAGCUCGUUUUACUAAAACCUUCUGAAGACACAAAAUAUUGGCCACAUUUAACCAAAGAGAAGAAGAAAUAUCAUUGGUUAAAAGUAGAUUUUAAAAAAUGGAAAGAUGAAGAUGAAACAGAUGACGAAGCAGCAGGUGGAGGAGAUGGUAACAUCGAUGAUAUGCUUAGUAUGAUGGGUGGAGCUGGAAAAAUGGGAGGCAUGGGAGGAAUGGGAGGAUUAGGUGGUUUAGGAGGAGAUUUCAAUGAACCUUCUGAUGAAGAUUCUGAUGAUGAAGAAAUGCCAGACCUUGAUGACAUUGAAACUGAAGCAGGUAAAGGCAAAGAAAAAAAUGAAGAAGAUCUUCCAAAACUAGAAGAAGUUAAACCUGCAACAACUGCCUAAUCCUUACUACUUUCAUGAUUAUCUCAUUCUUCCGAAUUUUUGUUCACUUAAUACGGUUUAAUUUAAACAAUAUUUUAUAUGUAUUUUUACAUCUAUAAAACUUAAUGCAGACAUAAUAAGUGAUCUUGUGGUGCAUUAAUGUUUAUAUUAAAUUAAAUGCCGUUUAUUAUUCACUUA